AUGUCGGCGGUAAUGAUAACGCGAAAGGUGCGAAAAUGGGAAAAGCUGCCGGGUAAAAACACUUUCUGCUGCGACGGACGAGUGAUGAUGGCCCGGCAGAAAGGCGUGUUUUAUCUCACCCUGUUUCUCAUAGUCGGAACCUGCUCUCUGUUCUUUGCCUUCGAGUGCCCAUACCUCGCUAUCCAUCUGUCCCCUACCAUCCCAGUUUUUGCUGCUCUGCUGUUCCUCUUUGUAAUGGCGAUGUUACUGAGGACCAGCUUCAGCGACCCGGGCGUUCUGCCACGGGCCCUCCCUGAGGAAGCCACCUUCAUUGAGAUGGAGAUUGAGGCUGCCAAUGGGAAUGUCCCCGCUGGUCAGCGACCCCCACCUCGAAUCCGCAAUGUCCAGAUCAACAACCAGAUUGUCAAGCUGAAGUACUGCUACACCUGCAAGAUCUUCCGACCGCCUCGUGCAUCACACUGCAGCAUCUGUGACAACUGUGUCGACCGUUUUGACCACCACUGUCCCUGGGUGGGAAACUGCGUUGGCAAACGUAACUAUCGCUACUUCUACCUGUUCACCCUGUCACUGUCCCUGCUCACCAUCUACAUCUUCACCUUUGACAUCGUCCAUGUGGUCAUGCGCUCGGUGGAUUCUGGCUUUUUGAACACUUUGAAGGAAACCCCUGGAACUGUGCUGGAGGUGUUGGUGUGUUUCUUUACCCUGUGGUCGGUGGUGGGACUGACUGGCUUCCACACCUACCUUAUCUCUCUCAACCAGACCACCAAUGAGGAUAUUAAAGGCUCCUGGUCAGGAAAGAACCGAGUACAGAACCCCUAUAGCCACAAAAACAUUAUGAAGAACUGCUGUGAAGUACUGUGUGGACCUGCAUACCCCAGUGUCUUGGACAGGAGAGGGCUGAUGCAAGAAGAUUCGCCAGUUCCUGCAGCCCCUGCCACACCCUCCUCCAACAGUAGCAGCCCAGUGCCACAAACCACACUUGCACUUCUCUGCCUACAGAAAACCACAGCUCCACUCAUCUCCAACGAGCACACCCCUGAUGAUGCCAAACCAAGCAUUGCUGCCUCAGCAGAGAAGAGCCCAUCCCCCAAGGAAGAGGAACCGCCUACAUGCAAGGUACCACCUCUGGCCUCACCUGAGACUGAUGCAGAAGCAUCCCUCACCAAGGACAAGGCCCACUAGCUGCGUGAUGGGAGGGGGGGCAGUCUCCCUCUUGGCCUC